CCCUAAUGCCGCGAAAUGGACUGCGAAAUACUCCGGCCCACGGAGCAGCCCAAAAAGAGCACCGCUCUCUCCCAGAGUGCCAUUCUUCUGUCAGAGGUUUCCUGCUCUUCCUCUCCCUCCGCCGCCGCCGGAAUGGCACCGCCAAACAUGGCCGGCGACACGCUCAGGGUAGCCGACCUCCCGGGCCGCGGCCGCGCGCUCCUCGCCGCCCGCGACAUCCUCGAGGGCGAGGUGCUCCUGUCGGAGUCGCCCAUCCUCCUCUACCCGUCCUCGCUCGCCUCCCUCUCCUCCUACUGCUCCGCCUGCUUCCGCUCGCUCCCGCCGCCGCCCCGCGCCCCCUGCCCUUCCUGCCGCGCCGCCGCCUUCUGCUCCCCUGCCUGCGCCGCCGCCUCCCACCCGCGCCUCCUCUGCGCCGCGCUCUCCGGCGGCCUCGCCGCCGCCCCCGAGGCGCACCAGGAGCCCCUCCUCUUCCUCCUCUCGGCCUACUCGCUCCAGGAGCCCUCCCUCGGCGCCCUCCUCUCUCUCUCCUCGGCUCCGCAGGGCCCCUCCCCGAGCCAGCAGCAGGACGCCGCGGGCCUCCACGCCGCGGUGGCGUCGGUGGCGCCGCCGCACAUGCUGCCCGCGGGCUUCUCUCCGGACCUCACGGCGGCCCUCCUCUCCAAGGACCGGACCAACAGCUUCUCCAUCCUGGAGCCGUACCGCCCCGACGUGCCGCUGGAGCUCCGCAAGGCGCGGUGCUGCGCGGUGUACCCUCGGGCGUCACUGCUGAACCACGACUGCCUGCCCAACGCUUGCCACUUCGAUUAUGCCGACAGGCCGGGGCCGGGGAACACGGACAUCGUCGUGCGCGCUCUCCAUGGCAUAACAGAGGGGAAGGAGGUUUGCAUCAGCUAUUUCGCGGCCAAUUGGAGGUAUGCUGACAGGCAACGCAGGCUGCUGGAGGAUUAUGGGUUCCGGUGUGAGUGUGAUCGGUGUCAGAUUGAGAGCAAGUGGAAGUUUGAUGAUGAUAAUGAUGGCGGUGAUGGGGAUGAUACCAUGGAAGAGGGGCAUGGCAAGGAGGUUGCUGAAGAUGGUGGUGAUGAGGGGAUGGAGCAGGAGGAAGGGAGUGAUGACGAUGAAGACGAUUUCCCGCAUGCCUUCUUCUUUGUGAGGUAUCUGUGUGAUCGUGAGGACUGCUAUGGCAUGCUUGCACCGCUGCCGCCCUUGCCGAGCGGUGAGCUGUCCCACAUAUUUGAGUGCAAUGCCUGUGGGCAACUGAAGAAGGAAGAAGAUGAGGAUGAGCCUGAUGCUGGUGAAUGCAGCAUGGACCAGUAGGAUGUUUGCUGCUGUUUGUUUUUUGGAGCACUUGGUGCAUGGUGAUGAAAUGGAUGCACUGGUCGGCGUUCUCCGUACUUUGGGGGUUGUUUGUCUUGAAGGAUUGGUCUAAUGCGCGUGAAGUCAGGAAGAUGUAUGCUGUACUACUUGACUUCGUUCACUGAACACUGAAUGUGAUUUGUAGGCAGUCUUGCUUGGACCUGUACAAUUUUCAGUAUGCAUGUAUCUUUCUUGGCGACGUGAACCUGCUGCGGUGUUAGAAACUGAUGGUGCAAGUCUACUAGUCGGAGUGUGAAUUAUGCCCCCUUUGUUCA